AUGACCAGCGAACUCUCGACCUUCGGAUUCUUGUGUGAAUUGAAUGAUGAAACCAUUUAUACAAUUGAGCGUGGAAUCAUCGAAUUGAAAAAUACUGGAGAUUUAAAGCUCGGCGCCUGGUACGAUAUUUGGGAAAACGAGCUUGAGCCACGGACCAUGUACGAAAACAAAAGAUGCGAAGUGUGGGAGCAUAAUGGAGAAGUAUUCGCUCAAGUAUUGGCAAUCGGACCCAACAGUUUCUUUCUCGAUAAGGAUAUCUCUCAAAAGUAUAAGUAUGCUGUCUGGUCUCCAUUAUUGAAAUUUCUCGACGAUGGAUAUAAUCUAUUCAAAGAUAAAAUUAGAGGAGAUGAUGUUGUUGAGAUUGUUGUCAAGUAUGCUCCAUGGAAAAACGGCAACUUCAAAAUCGUAGAACUCAUUGAAGAGGCACCAUUCGAAGGCUCUUCAUACUGUCGGCUUCCACCAUGGACCCUUGAACAAAUGGGAAGAAAAUUGCCGGAGGCCCUUGUGCCAAAGCUGGAUUCCCUCUGUAUCAACCAGUUUAAAAACAUCCAACCACAGGACGUCCACGUGGGUGUCUGCAUAAAAGCGGAAGCCUGGAAUCCUGCGUUUCCACAAAGAGUUAAACCGAAAGAUGGAGUUAAUUUUAAGUGCUCCUAUCUGUUCACUCCUACAUUAGGACUCGUCCGUUGGGUCAUACAAGACUUUAAGACUACGGAACCAACAGCAUCGCAUCCAGCUGUGUAUAAUGUGAACAGUGAUAUGAUCGAAAUUGGCAAACGUACUGGAAAGUGGGUCUCUUUCAACUUGUGUGAAGAAAACAAAUACAGAAAGAGUGGCGGUCCAAUAAGUAAACCAGCGCUGAUCAGAGCAACGGCUGUAAAUGUGAAGGAGGUUUCACAUGUUCCAAGAGUGACACGUGUUGUUGGUGGAGAAGCUGAGACCAUAGAGACUCACCGUCAAAAUCUAGAACCUCAGGAGGCCGAGAAGCUGCAAAAAGAAGCAAUCGUCGUCUCCGUUACCGCUGUGGUUCACAACAACUUCAUGAAAAACUUCAAGACUUAUCCAAAAAAUGGAAUCUUUUUUGCCAAGGAAGUCGACACAAUUUGCUAUCUCAACGGAGGAAGAAUCAUCUAUCAAAAAUAA